AUAUUCACACUAGCUAGCUAUUAUAAAACAAUGGCCAUUAGUUUCCUAGUAACCUUAUCCAUUUUUGCUUUUACUUGUUCAAUUGCUUAUGCUUAUGAUCCAAGCCCUCUCCAAGACUUCUGCGUUGCAGUAACUGAUCCCCAACAUGCUGUUUUCAUGAACGGAAGGGUGUGUAAGGAUCCGAAACUUGCGACGGCGGAUGAUUUCUUCGCUUCUGGUCUAAACGGUAUUGGGACGGCGGUGUUUCCGGGGCUGAGCGUGUCGGUAAACGUGGCGGACGUGAACCGCAUACCGGGGCUCAACACCCUGGGGCUCACGGUGGUUCUUGCGGAGGUUGGACCUGGGGGUCUGAUUCCACCUCACACGCAUCCUCGUUCUUGCGAGUUCAUCAUGGUCACGCAGGGCAGCGCCUACGUAGGAUUUGUGGCCGUUGAUCCGAGGAAUGGCCUGAAGAAUCGGCUGUUUGCGAAGACGCUGAAGGCCGGAGAUGUUUUUGUGAUCCCGCAGGGGCUUAUCCACUUUAUGCACAACGUUGGAGUCGGCAACGCCACGUUUUUUACGGCUUAUAAUAGCCAGAAUCCGGGGUUGAUUACUAUUGCCAAUGAAAUGUUUGGGACGGAUCCGGCCAUAUCCGGGGAUGUUCUGUCCAAAGCUUUUAGAAUUGAUAAGGAAUCUGUCAAACAUAUCCAAGCAAAGUUCGCCUCAGUUAGUUAGACUGACUAGCCUGUUUUUUCAGUUAAUUGUCAUGAAUGGAAUGACAUAGUGUGCAAGAGUGCUUAGGGUGGUAUUGGGCUAUGAUAAUAAAACAUAAUGCUCAGCACUCGAACUUGAUGUGGCUAGUCAGGACGGUCUUUUUAAUUUUUAUGAUCGUAUUCUUAUAAAUAAAUAAGACCCUAUCAAAAGUAUAAACACAAUUUUUAAAACAAAA